AUCUGAGAGGGAUCCCAACUUGACUGUCCACCACUUCUGUUCAUUCAGAAAGAGAAGACCAUCCCAAGGUCAGCCAGACAAUGGGUCUCCUUGCCUACUUCAGCCUUUGUCUUCUUGGCAUCUUCUUCAGCAGUCCUUUCCUUCAAGUGGAAGCUGACACCUGCGCCAGGGAGUGGCUGCAAAACCAAGGAAACUGUUAUGCAUAUUUUGAUCAGAAGUUGACAUGGCAUGAAGCUGAGAUUGAGUGCCAGAGCUAUGGCCGUGGGGCCCACCUUGCCUCCAUCCUUACCAAAGCAGAGACUCUUCUGGUGGCUGAACACGUCUCCACUUAUCAACAGGAAUUCAGUAAUGUCUGGAUUGGACUCCAUGAUGUCCGUCAGACUGGGAAGUGGAGAUGGGCUGAUGAAUCCACUUACAACUACAAAUCCUGGAUGAACUACCAGCCAGACAACUAUGGCAACAAUGAGCACUGCGUGGAACUGCGACGAUCCACAGGCUUUAAACAAUGGAAUGAUGCUCAGUGCAACAUACGCAAUGCUUAUAUUUGCAAACAUGCUCUCUAAAGAUGUCUGAAGUUUCUCCCAGUGCUUUCCACUAUGCUAAGGUGUUGCCUUCCCACUUAUAUCAUUAUGUCUUCGCGUUCUGCAGAAAUAUAGUUUGCUUCCAGCCUCUUCCAAACAUCAACUCACAAGAACUGCCUCUUUGGUCUUCUUCUUCUGGACCUUUCUCACGGCUUGCGUGCAGUGCAAUAUCAAUAAACAUAUUCUGA